AUGGAUAUUAACAGAAAUAAUGCUUUUUUCGAAAAGUUAAAAGAAAAUGUUACGGAUUCUUUCGACCGUUUGCGGAAAGCGGUCGAUAUGAGGGAAAAGCUGUUGCUCAGACAGCUAACGGUCGUGGUGCAGCAGGCCCAGCACAUCACCUUCGAGUACGAUAGUAUCCGGUUUCUGGGUGACGGGGAGGACGAUUUGGUGGGCCGUAUACGUACGUACGGCAGGUACAACAUUGACAACUUUAAUGUGAUCCUGCAGAAGGAACCGUACGAAAACGAGGAUUACAUACUUCCCUCGAACGAUCACGAUUUGAUGCACAAAAGUUGCCGCCAGGGUGCGGACGAUGAGCGCAAUCCGGAGAGUGAGGAAAUUGUGGUGGAGUUUUUUAGCAACCGUAGUUUGAUAAAGGAUAGCGCUGAAAUGGUACGCGAAUCAAUUAUAAACCUAACGCUGAACGAAAGCCGUGAGCUGAUCGAUCGGACAAUCGGCGGUGGUGGUGGGGUUGUUGCUGGCACUACCAACGAAGAACCGUUGCGUGCAUGUAGUAAAAUCGAUCCAACAAUAAUGCAUCGGUCGUACAGUAGGGGUCGGAACUCCCUAUCCGAUAUACAGCUAGAUUCACUUUCCUUCCAAGGUGAUCAGCAGCACCAACAGCAACAGGACGAUGGCAGUAAUAACAACGUUGCCAAUAGCAACGCAAAGCCAGCCCGGACCGUAUCGCGUGAGGGUGAAAAACUGGUUUCACUUUCGCUACCACCACCACAGCGCAUGAUACCAAAAGCUUCUCAAACGGAUGGAUUGAUUGUCGCCAGCGGCACUGACUCGGAAGGGAAUGUCCGUGAGUCCACCACAACGACCACGUGCAAGGCGGCUAUUGAUAAGCGUAUGAAGAACGUUAACCAUGUCACAAUGAACAGUUGUGGCAGCACGAUCAAUCUGAAGAACGUGACCAAUCUUACGAUAAACUCGUGCUCGGAAAGAGCACAGCUAAAGGAACGAACAACUGUCACCGAGACCAAGUGCCCUUCUGAGGAAGGUAGUCCCGAGUGUGGAUUUUACAAACGACUCAUUACGGAGAACAAAAUCCUACGCAAUCAUAUUCUCAAAUCAAAGCUGGGAGUCGGAGGAGUUGGAUCACGCUACGCCAAGUCACAGCCACAGCCGUUAGUGAGCUCUUCCGUUUCGGAUCGUUCGCUCGCUUCGGUACCGGACGAAACGAUCACCGACUCAAAGGCACCGUCGAACAACAAUGAUACGGAUGAUGGUGGUGGUCUAUCAAGCAGUACCUCCACCAGCACCAGCAGUGCACCGCCAGCAGGGCUGCCAGAAACCAAUCUUAACAUUCCCCUUUCCGAGCAGGAACUACAGCAAAUGUUCGACAUACCGUCGUCGAUGUGCGAAAAAAGUCUCUCCUUUGUGUUGGGUGAACUGUACGGUUUGCCAGCUGGUGGGGUGGACGCACUGGCCGGAUCCGCACCCGGCAAAACAAAAGAACACACCAUGCAGAUCCAGCAAUGGUUAAAGCAAAUUAUCUCCGAAGCAGAAACGGAACCGUUUCAAAAUGCCGAAAUGCUUGAAUUUAGCAAAAUUCACGAUUAA